AUGACGAGGCUGUAUGCCAAGCUAUUCAUACAGCAUGUGUUUUACGUUGAGGACUGGAUGUGUUUAAUAUCUUGGGUCCUAGCAACGACCUGGUUUUCACUUCAACUAGUGACCGCAGCUGGAGGUGGAGGAUAUCAUCAAUGGGAUAUCCCGAAGGAUGACAUGGUACUUUUUUUAAAGGCCUCUUAUGUAAUAAAUGUCCUAUACGGCCCAGUUAUUCUCACGGUCAAAUUAUCGAUUUUAUUUAUGCUCGCACGAUUAUUCACACCAUAUCGGAAAUGGGUUGCUUUUAUAUAUAUAUUCAGCGCGGUACUCGGAGCAUAUACUAUCGCAAUAUUAGUUGUGAAGAUCCGCAUCUGCAAACCUAUUGAUGCUUUUUGGCUCGGUCCCGAAGCUACUAAUGGGACGUGUCUCGAUGUGCUGAAGGUCUUCCUUGCCGACACCACUUUUAGUGUAAUCACCGAUUUGGUUAUCCUCGCUCUGCCGAUAGCACUGAUUUCAGUGCUCCACCUGUCCCUUAUGAAGAAGCUAAGAGUUAUUGUUAUUCUGGCAGCAGGCGGUCUAGUGUGUAUUGUGACCAUUGUCCGGCUGGUAUGGGUGGUUUCAUAUCAAAAUUCAGCUGAUAAGACAUGGACAACCAUGCGCACUGAUCUUGUUACCUGUGCGGAAAUUGCAGUUGGGAUUAUCUGCGCCUGCCUUCCAACUAUUUACUUCCUUGUGAACCAGCGCUGCUCUCUUUUCUCCCUUGGAGAGAGUGAGGUUAGAACGUGA